GGUACCGCAUUGGCAUCAGUAGAGGCACCUGAACUCCUGGGGAAAGCUGCCUGCCACCUUAUAGCUACCCCCUAAAAUAAAGAACCCACAACACAGUCCCCGCAGGAACCUGUGGCUUGACUUUUUUUUUUCUUUUUCUUUUCCAGUUUUUUUUUUUCUCUCUUUUUGGUCGUGCGUAAAGCUUUUGCGCACAGCGCCUCGGAGACUGAAAAGGUGCGCUUACAUUCGUCGAGCGUCAGAUCGCAGCACCAGGAUGCAGAAACGAAGCAGCGACGUCUGAAGGUGACAUGAACCUGGGGAUAGUCAAGAGCAUCAGCCGCACACACAACAAGAAGUGGAGAUAGCAACUGAAAACCGUCGUGUCUUGAAGCCAAACUUGCGCUUUUCCCUUUGGCUUUAUCUCAUGCUGAGAUUAAGGAGCUGCAGAACACAGUAGCCUCAUUUUUCAUUGAGUGGGGGGAAAAGGAAGAAAAAACAUCUAAUUAGUCAGUGGACAGUUUAGAGUCAACAGAGGAGGAAAAAUGGCGACGUUAAUAAGAGGCAAGAUAUCUAAUAAACUGUCAAACGCAGCCACGGCUGUGUCCAACAAAUCCACGGCAAAGGUGAGCGGGAUGUUCGCCAGGAUGGGCUUCCAGGCCGCCACGGACGAGGAGGCUCUGGGCUUUGCCUCCUGCGACGACCUGGAUUACGACCACCGUCAGGGCAUGCAGAUGGACAUUCUGUCCUCCGACGAGAUCGGAGGAGAGGGCGGCGGAGACGGCGGCGGGCUGGAGGGGGACAGCCACUACCAGAGAGACGGCACCGGUCCGCCGCACUCUGCCUCCAAGGACGGGGGCUCGAACAACGAGUUGUCCGAAGUUAAACCAAAAAUCACCGCCUGGGAAGCGGGCUGGAACGUCACGAACGCAAUCCAGGGGAUGUUCGUUCUGGGCUUGCCCUACGCCAUCCUGCAUGGAGGAUACCUCGGACUCUUUCUCAUUAUUUUCGCCGCCGUGGUGUGCUGCUACACGGGGAAAAUCCUCAUCGCCUGCCUGUACGAGGAGGACGAAGACGGGCAGCUUGUCCGUGUGAGGGACUCCUAUGUGGACAUUGCCAACGCCUGCUGCGCGCCCAGGUUCCCAACGCUGGGCGGUCACGUCGUGAAUGUAGCUCAGAUCAUAGAGCUGGUGAUGACCUGUAUUCUGUACGUGGUCGUCAGCGGGAAUCUCAUGUACAACAGUUUCCCCAACAUGCCCAUCUCCCAGAAGUCUUGGGCCAUCAUUGCCACCGCCGCUCUGCUCCCCUGCGCCUUCCUCAAGAACCUGAAAGCCGUCUCCAAGUUCAGCUUGUUGUGCACAAUGGCGCAUUUCGUCAUCAACGUCCUGGUGAUCGCCUACUGCCUAUCCAGGGCGAGGGACUGGGCCUGGGACAAGGUCAAGUUUUACAUCGAUGUCAAGAAGUUCCCCAUCUCCAUUGGAAUUAUCGUGUUCAGCUACACCUCGCAGAUCUUCCUGCCGUCCCUGGAGGGGAACAUGCAGAAACCCAGCGAGUUCCACUGCAUGAUGAAAUGGACUCACAUCGCUGCCUGUAUCCUCAAGGGCCUGUUCGCCCUGGUGGCCUACCUGACCUGGGCAGAUGAAACCAAGGAGGUGAUCACAGACAACCUGCCACCAACUAUCCGAGCCGUGGUCAACCUCUUCCUGGUGGCCAAAGCUUUGCUGUCCUACCCGCUGCCCUUUUUCGCCGCCGUGGAGGUGUUGGAGAAAACCUUCUUCCAGGACGGGGGCCGCGCCUUCUUUCCGGACUGCUACGGAGGCGAUGGACGCCUAAAGUCCUGGGGACUGACUCUCCGAUGUAUACUAGUGGUGUUCACCUUGCUCAUGGCGAUCUAUGUGCCGCACUUCGCCCUGCUCAUGGGCCUCACCGGCAGCCUGACGGGUGCCGGGCUCUGCUUUCUGCUUCCCAGCAUCUUCCACCUCAAGCUCUUAUGGAGAAAGCUUCAGUGGCACCAGGUGUUCUUUGACGUCUCCAUCUUUGUAAUAGGCGGUAUAUGCAGCAUAUCCGGUUUCAUCCACUCCAUGGAGGGGCUCAUAGAGGCUUUCAAAUAUAACAUAGAAGAAUAGAGACGAGUCAUUGGAGGACGGAUGCAUCUCAAUAAAUUAGAAUAGAAUCAUAAAGCAAAUUUAUUUUACUAAUUCAGUUUAAAAAGUGAAACUCAUAUGUAUUCAUUGCAUACAGUGGCACAUUUUCCAAGUUUAUUUUCUAGUAAUUUUGCCUAUACAAAGUCAAAACCCCAAGUUCAGUUACUUUAAGAAGGAAAAUAUUCCAUAGAUCAAUAAAGAGAUCAAUGUUGAUACAAAUAUGUGAUAUCAUCACCAUAGCAGUUUUCAAGACAAGGGUGAUAACUUGAAAACUGUUCAUCAGACAGUCACUGGCACCCUGAGCAAGAAGAGCAACCCAGAAAAAAUUCAUUACUAAAGAAGAUGGUUGUCCACAAGGUGCUGUUUGAAGGUGGAAAGUUGAGUGGAAGGAAAAACUGUGGAAGAAAAAAAGAAUUAGAGAAAAUACCCAGUUGCUUGAGCACUUUAAAUGGUCAUCUCCUGGAUGAGUCAGAAUCUAGGUCAACAUAUGUCAACAAGGCAUGCUAAAGUUUGCGAGGCGUGGACUGCAGUUAAAGUCAGAGCUUCUAGAGCCACCACACACAGAACUAUCCAGGGCAUGGAUCACAGCUGGAGUCAAUGUCAGAAUUGUCUUGAUUAAGGUAAGAAUAAAAGCAACUGGUCUAAGUGAUUCAAACUUCUCUUGCCAGAAAUAAAAGUUAAUUUUCAAUUUAAUUUAGAAAUCAACCCAAGCCCAAGACUGUGGAAGACUAGUUUACAAGCUCCGCAUCCGAGUUGUUUGAAGUCCAGAGGAAAAUUUUUCACAUCCAGUGAAGAUUUGCGGAUUCUUGUCAUCUGCUGGUGUUGUGUUUUUCAGGUCCAGAAUCAGACCUUCUACCAGGAAAGCUUAGAUAAUCUCAUGCUUCACUUUAUUGACCAUUGUGUCACUAUGCUUGACUGGCCUGCAAACUCUCCUGAGCUAAACGCCUUUGAGAAUAUUUGUGGUUUAAAAUCCUCUUUUCAUCUGGUCUUAUGUAAAAUUCAAACUUUCUCAGAAACUGAAUGUGAGGUUUCCGUUUACUGUAAACCUUAUAGACGCAAUAGACGCUUGAAACAGCGACGUCUCACCGCCUGUAACUAAUCUAUAAAAUAUGUUUCACUUUUAUUUUGCUGAAAUAAAUUGGUUUUUCGGUCAUAUUUUAGUUUAUUGAGAUGCACCUGUACUCGUUAACUGCAAAUUCCCAUUUAGUGAAAACAUUAAAAACACACAAACACUAAGCGGCGUGCGCUCCUUCCCCCUCUGCUUGAUUCAUGCGUAAAAGCGCGCACUGAACACACGUACACACAUUUGCGCGCUAUCUCUCAUGUAUUUUACACACACGAGUCUAACAGCAGCGAGGGAGUCUAACGCGUCCGCCCAGUCGAUACGUGUUGUAUACAUACGCGAACAAAAGAAACACAAACAUAUUUUCCAGUGGAGUGAACGUUUACAACAUUGACCUUAAGAAAAGUUGCAAAAAGAGGGCAGACGCUCGUGUCGCUCUUGCGGUGCUUCUUCCCCACAUGAGAUCGCAACGAUCGAGUUUGAGAGGCUUGGAGAAAGAAAGAAAGAAAGAAAUAAAAGUGAUUAAAUUUAGUUUAAACUGCAACGUGACUGCAGGGGUUGACUGUGGUGUUAAAGCCCAAAACAAGCCGGAGGAAAAAAAGUGGA